AAACAUGAUCUCGGUUGGCACAUAAACUCCCGGCCCGAAUCACGACGCACUUGCCAUUUUAUUCUUCCUCCUUCUUCUCCUCUCUCCUCUCUCCUCUCUCUCCCUCCUCGCAUCGCAUCGCAUCGAACCACACGAGCGAAGUUCCAGCCUCUUCUGAUCAGGUGACCGUAGGAGAGGUAGGGCGCGAUGGGGCUUGCAUUCGGGAAGCUCUUCAGCCGGCUCUUCGCCAAGAAGGAGAUGCGGAUCCUCAUGGUCGGUCUCGACGCCGCCGGAAAGACCACCAUUCUCUACAAGCUCAAGCUUGGCGAGAUCGUAACUACCAUCCCAACCAUUGGGUUCAAUGUUGAAACUGUGGAGUACAAGAAUAUUAGUUUCACCGUCUGGGAUGUCGGGGGUCAGGACAAGAUCAGACCACUCUGGAGGCAUUACUUUCAGAACACACAGGGGCUUAUCUUUGUUGUGGACAGCAAUGACAGGGAUCGUGUUGUUGAAGCUAGAGAUGAACUCCAUAGGAUGCUUAAUGAGGAUGAGUUGCGUGAUGCUGUGUUGCUUGUGUUUGCUAACAAGCAAGAUCUUCCAAAUGCAAUGAAUGCUGCUGAGAUUACUGACAAGCUUGGGUUACAUUCCCUACGCCAGCGACACUGGUACAUCCAGAGCACUUGUGCCACAUCUGGCGAGGGUUUGUACGAGGGUCUGGACUGGCUGUCCAGCAACAUUGCCAGCAAGUCUUGAGGCUUGGAACUAUCAAGGUUGUCGAAUCAACUAGGAGCUCUGGAUGUAUCAGUUCCCUAGGUGCAUCAGACGCUGCUACUUAUUCCACAAGCUCGAACAUUGUUCUGAGCUUGUUAUAUAUAACUAAGGGGUCCAUAUAACUAAGGAUUUUAAUAUUCCCUGUAGUUUCAAAUGUUAUUGCACAUUUUUCACUUUUGCUUUAGGGUCUUUCCAGUGGAAUGUACUUUUGGCCAUUCUUGAAGUCUGAUGAACUCAGGAUGUUUUAUCGCAAACUUCUUAAAGUCUGAAAGUUACCCAUUAAUGUAAUGGUCGUUGCUUUUGUCAAAUUAUUCAGAUGUUUGAGA